CGGGGGGAUGGUCAUAGCAGAAAGAGUGCCAGCACCAAUUAUGGGUGAUCAAAUGGGAAGACAGUGUGGUUCCCUCCCAUCCAGCGACUAUCAAGUGCAAGCAACAUGCGUAUCGGAGCAGAGGCUCUGUCGUGAAGAUAUCCGUACAAAAGACACCAAUCUUAUUUGGCCAAGCCUCGGUACCUUGCCGUGGAUCGGUGACAUCAAGCAGCGGGUCGGCCAGCUGCAAGACCAAAUAUCCCCAGAGACAAGCUGUCAGUCUACAGGUACCUUGAUCAAGCCCAGUCCACCUCGCAACACCUCAAUCUUCCAUUCAUCCCCCCGAUAUUUCCUCUUUCUCACUCCUCAAACCUCCUCAUCCUCUUCCACCUUUAUGCUCAUCGUCCCCGAUCCCCGUCCCUCCAUUCCACCUUGCGACACCCGCGACGCCGAGCAGGGACACGGUACCUCGGCCACUCGUUGCGACUCAGAAAAGUCGCCGGACGUUUCCUCCCCGCCCAAUCACCUCGCGGUACCUUACCUAGCUAAGGCAGGCAGGGACGAUCCAAGUCAAAUCGCCACCACCUCAAGCUUACCUUAG